UGUUGUUGUCGGACACAACUUCACCGUCUCACCGUCAGUGAGCGAAAAGGCGAAGCGAACCCAGCUCCCUCCCCCCACCCCACCCCACCCCCCCGCCCCUGCAGCUCCACACAGCCACAUCUGCUGCCUUCACUUUAAACCUGUGGCGCCCGCGGGAGGCCGCAGAUUCUCAUUUCCUGGAUGGAAACGGACAGUCUGUUGACCGGGUCUGUGAACGGAGCCGCGGCGGACUAUGGCUCGGGCCCGGAGCACCAAAGGUCCCCGAGCAGGAGACGGAUGUCGUACUCGGCCGCCGGGGAGGUGUGCAGCGUCGAGGGGGCUGCAGAUGAUGAUGACCUCUACAUCCAACAAGCUGUUGUCUUCAUUGAGGAUGCCAUAAAAUACCGGUCCAUCAACCACCGAGUAGAUACCAGCUCACUCUGCCUCUAUCAAUGGUACUACUCCCGGAUAUGCCAGUGGGGCUUGGGCCUGACCAUUGCAGUGGUGUUGUUGCUGGCCUUUGUGGAGCGUCCCUCCUCUCUGUCUGUCUCCUCAGACCCCCGACAUCGCUCCCCACCUUGGGAACCUCCUUGCGGCCUCACUGAGGGCUUCGAGAUGGUCUGCCUCAUCAUUUUCUCUUUUGACCUCGCUGUCAAGAGCUACCUGAUUGGCUGGGAGGAAUUCAGGAAGAGCAAAUGGCUAAUUGGCUACACCGUUGUCCUUUCGGUCUCCGUCAUCGACUGGCUGCUAUCUGUCAGCAUGGUGUGUGAUGAGAAACUGAGAGUGCGACGACUCCUCCGGCCCUUUUUCCUCCUGCAAAACUCCUCCCUGAUGAAAAAGACAUUGAAGUGCAUCAAGAGGACUCUGCCUGAGAUUGCUAGUGUCAUCCUGUUGCUGGCACUCCACCUCUGCCUCUUUACCAUGAUCGGCAUGCUGCUGUUUGCUAAAACUGAGGAUCCAAAGAAGAACAAGGAGUGGGAGACGCAUUUCAGAGACCUGCCACAGUCUCUUACCUCUCUGCUGGUACUUCUCACCACAGCCAACAACCCUGAUGUGAUGAUUCCCGCCUACUCUCUGAACAGAGGCUACUCCAUUUUCUUUGUCACCUUCAGUGUAAUCGGAACCUACUGUUUGAUGAAUCUACUGACAGCUAUCAUCUAUAACCAGUUCAGGGGAUAUUUACUCAUGUCAGUCCAAACGUCAAUCAACAGGAGACGACUGGGGAUCCGAGCUGCUUUCCAAGUCCUCAGCUGCCAAGGAGCCCAACAGUCCACUGAGGAGCGUGUUUGUGUUCAUUCGGUGCUGGAGGUGAUGUCCAGAGUCCAGAUGAAAAGCUACUACAAAGCAGCCAUCACUACGGAGGCACAGCAGUAUGAAGAAGCAGGCUACAUGGAUCGAGAGCAGUUCAGAAAGAUAUUUGAUGAGCUGGAUAGAGAUCAAAUCAAGGAGCACCCUCCCUUGCCUCAGUACAACUCUCCAGUCCUGCAGAGGCUCCAGCUGAUCUUCAGUCACUACUCACUCAAUAUAAUUGGCAAUGCAGUGGCACUGGCCAAUGUCAUAAGCAUAUGUACUGUCCUUGUAUUAAACUCUGAAGUUACCACAGCAGAGAGAAACAACUUCUUGUUGGAGAUUAUCAACCUGUGCUUCAUCCUCUACUACUUGUUUGAAAUGAGUGUCAAGAUCUUUGCCUACGGUUGGAGAGGAUACCUCUCCUACAGGAACAACAUCUUUGAUGGCUGCCUUACCAUCCUGCUAUUGUCUCUACAGAUCACUAUUUUUGUCACCUUCCGGAUUCCUCGUGCAAAGGACUCGCCUUUACAUGAUGUAAUGUCUCUGUGGGAGAUGGUUCGUUUGGUCAACAUGCUGAUCGUCUUCCGCUUCCUGCGCAUUAUCCCAGAUAUCAAGCUCAUGGCUUUGGUUGCAAGCACAGUGUUGGACCUGGUGAAAAAUCUUAGAGCCUUUGCAGGGAUACUGGUGGUGGUGUACUAUGUGUUUGCUGUGUUUGGGAUCUGGCUGUUUGAAGGAGCCAUUAAACCUCCUCCACAGAUGAGUGUGAUCUCCAAAACCUCCAUGGAGAAUACCACCUCUAACUUCAGUAUGGAUUGCGGCACAUAUGAACAGCUUGAAUACUGGUCAAACAACUUUGAUGACUUUGCUGCAUCCAUCAUUUUGCUGUAUAAUAUCAUGAUAGUUAACAACUGGCAGGCCUUCAUGGACGCAUACAGUAGAUACACCACAGAUUGGUCUAAGGUCUACUUUGUGUGUUGGUGGCUCACCUCCUCCGUCAUGUGGGUCAACUUGUUUGUGGCGCUCAUCUUAGAGAACUUCACCUACAAGUGGGACCGGAGUCACAGCUGCUCUGUAACGGAUGUUGAGAGAAUCCGGUAUGAAACCUCCGUCCAGCUUAUAUUCAAGGAGCACAUCCAGGAGCCAACAGAGGAGGACUUAAUUUGUCAACUACACCGACAUCCCCAUUUACACCUACACUAGUGAGACAUGCACACACACACAGCACCUGCACCAAUCUGCAGUAAAGAUCACUGAGAGGUCAAUGUUCUAUUAUAUGAGUUUAUUGGAAUGUUUAUUAUAGUAAUAUGUUACUUCUACUACUGAAACCAGUAUGUUUUCAUAUUUUUAUGAGUAAUGAGUAAAGGCGGCCGUUUCUCAGCGGUAGAGCAGGUCGUCCAAUAACCAGAAGGUUGGCGGUUCGAUCUCAGCUCCCGCUCGCCACGACCGAGGUGCCCUUGAGCAAGGCACCACCCCCCUCCCCCCAACAUCUGCUCCCCAGGCGUUGGCAACAUCAGCCCACCGCUCCAGUAUAUGUGUGUACAUGGCAUCUGUCAAUGUGUGUGUUUCUAUGCAUGUGCGUGUUUCGACAGGUGCCAACUGGAUGGGUUAAAUGCAGAGAACAAUUUCACAAUUUAAGUAAAUCUUCUUCUUCUUCUUCUAAAACCUCUGUGAGCUGCAGUUUCAGUUUUGCAGGGGUCAGCCAUUGUGUAGAGUCAGAGAAGCAGGAAUCGGUGUGUGGAAACCAUGCUCCUUGUGUGUAUCACUACUCUGAUAUUAUUUGUCAUUGGUCACUCUUGUUUGGAUCAAGUACCACAAGUUAUGUGCCAACUACCUGAAUGGCAACAGAGUAUCUCUUUGUGUAUACCUGUGUGAGAGAACAAAUCAAAAUGACACCUUCUGUAUAUGUCUGUUUGCCAAUCUCUGACACCACUGUCUGCAACACAGUGAGGUGACAAAACUGAACCUAGAUCAGUGUGAAGUGGUAGAAAGAGACUCCAGAGCAGCUUUUUAUCACUGAGCAGUUGAACCAUUAAAAUUCAGGGGAUAUUGCUUGAUAUUUGGAGUUUUGCUUCGCAGUUGUCCAGGCACAAAAAUCCAGAUAUAUUGUCCCAUCAAAGUCUGGUGAAUGUGUUAGCAAAGAAUAUCUUGAGAAUGGCUUCUUUAGAACACAAUAGUUUAUAGGGGGCUUGUUUACAAACACAAAAGGGAUUUUAUCUUAAGUCAGGAGUUACGAAGCUUCACCAGCUAUUUAUCCAAUCAAAUCUUGAUCCAGAGACUUGAGCCCCUUUCAUACCUACAACCUACAAUUUCCCUCCAUUGUGGAACAAGGAAAUUUAGAUUUUUUUUCAACGUGAUGGAUCAUCCCAGCUUGUCUGGGGUGUUUGUUACUUUGCACUCCUUGAGAACAACAAUGACACACAUACAGAAAUGCGCAAACAAUUUGGAUUGGAGGUUGACUGCUUCACGAAACCCACCGGCUGUUCACUCUCAUUAAACCAUGUUAACGAACAAUGUCAUAUUAGCUUGUGUGGUAUUAAAUCCAUCCCCACUUUGCUCACUUGCUAUAGUUUAUGCUGUUGUGCUGGAUCAUUAUCUUGGAUUUUCUUUUAGCUUUUUUAAUUGGUAUCUGUAUGGAAUGCAAUAAUCUGAGGAACCAGGAAGAAUCUUUGACUGUAGAGUACAUUGUUACUUCAAGAGGCAUUUCCUGCACUCAGGGGGAAUGGCCACUUUGUGUUUUUAACCACUGCCCUUCAGAGGGUCACCACAGCACAUAAUGAAAUACCAUAAUCAUAUACAUGUUCCAGAUUUUUAUUUUUUUUUCGGUUUAUGUGAAUGCAAUCAUAAUGAAAUCUAAAAUAUGCUCUUUA